AUGGCCUCUUCGGCAGUCCCUGCGCGACAACCUUUCAAAGGCGACAACCGUAUCUUGGGCGACCAGAUUAGCGUGGACUCCGCAAGAAAGACUUCAGUCGCUCAACGUGACCUGGCGAAGAAGCCGACAACUGGAACAACAAAUUUGCAGCCGCCGACACCUGUGGUCCGCAAGAGGCUGCCGUGGCUUGAGAAGAGACCCGUGGACAGGAAACUUGCGACCUCGGAGCGACCGCAGGUGAGCGGUAGCGAACAAUCGCAUGACUCCUCUUCAAGAGCAGAUAGGCGCGAUGGAGAGGCGUCAAUUCGUUCUACAGGAAACGACAAUACGCUGCGAGCUGUUGGAUCUAAGCCUGUUCUCCAAUCCAAUAACGCCCAAUCCGAGUCCCUAGCAUUCUCACGACGCUCUCAAGAUCCGCCAGGGUCGAAGCAUUCGCCCUUCUUUACAAGACGACCGAAGCCUAAGACACUCCAAAGGGAAGUAUCUGUUUCAUCGAAAUACAGUGCCACGCACUCUGGGAGCAGAAACCACAAUGCUGGAUUAGCUCCCGCGCCGCUUCGGGCCCCGCCUGAAAAGCCUCUCGAGCCGUCCGCGGCACGUGAGAAGAGACGCAAACCCAAGGAGGCGCCUGCAAGUGUAAAACUCAGCCAGCUCAACGUCCCUCCUGCACACUCCCGGUAUGCUGCGAUCGAGCGAGAAGCUGAAGUGCCUAAGGUGGACUCAAGUACGAAUCAAAGGCUCGACAAUGGGUUCUCAAACAGUCGCCAAGAUAGAUGGGCCAAGUCUUGCGAGCACCGCAUCGCGACAGAUGGGCUCCACUGCACUCGUCGGCAGCAACAGCGCGCACCAAUAUCGUCGUAUGACGAUUCGCUAUAUAGGCCGCACGCUACGCGGCCGCCGCCAACCAAACAGUCUACCCUUCACAAGCUCCCAUUGCACUUGGUCGCAUCUUCAGAUUCGUCUUCGCUGAGCGAAACGCACAGAGCAACAACUUCGGAUCCGUUCACCACUAAGCAAAGCAAUGCGAGGAGCGGUCCCGAACAGCGGAGUCCUAUCUUGACAACUGCCGGCAGGCCGCAACUCRUUCAAGGCUCAUUACAGCUUGAGCAUGCAGUCGCUGGAUUGGAGAGCUUGAUGGGAGAAGCCCUUGACAUUGCGUGGAAUGCAGCAAACUCGGGUCGGCCAGAUGAGGUUGCCCAUGUGUUGAAUGAAGCCACCCUAGCUCUACGUGAAGCGAAGUCUGUGAAGAACAUUAUGGACCAGCCUCUGAAACUAUCUCCCGCCGUUUCUGUGCAUUCCUUGAAUGCACAUCACGAAGACUGCUACUCGGACGCAUCUUCACUCUCAAGCAGGGAGCCCACCAUUGUCACCAAAUCCAGUAUGCAACCAUUGCUAGUCGGCCAUAGAUCGAAGCCAGCGCUUUCUUCUCAUGCUAGAACUGCCGGCAUGGACAAUCCUCUCCGAUCUCGCCGCUUCACAUCGUCGCCAGACAACUCCAUCUCCCAGACUCCUCCCCAGCUUUAUUCGGCACCCUCCGCCGAAUCGGUUGUUCGUGACUUUGCUUAUGGAAGGACACCCAGAAAACUUUCCACCCGGUCGGAACUGCGGGCAACCUACGGCGCCGCUGCAAGCUUCUACGGAGAUCAUGGUGAAUCUGUUGUCACGCAGCCCGGUGUUCGGAAGAGCGUCGCGCUUCCCAACAAGGAGCUCCCUGACACACCACAUCCAGCGCACGCCAACAUGUAUCGUGCCGAGGACGACUCCAUCGACCCAAAACAUAAGCCACAUAACCGGGGUCUACGCAGAGUCAACGCAGCACGGGCCGACGCUCUACGUUCGACGCGGAGUGCACCCCCUGCGGCCGUGAAGCCAGCCGCGUACCAAGAAGAUGCUUCCCRCGGCAGCAAUUCGGUUCGCAAUCUUGAUACGCCCGCAUUCUUACAACCCGCGUACUUUCGUGAGAAUGAUGGCCAUAGCCGUCAACAUCAAACCAAUGUCCCAGAGCCACCAUACCCUGAACCCGAGAAGACCAAUCUCAAAGCCUCCAUUUCCAGUGGGCCUCCACCUUUAUUGGUCUCGCGGAACCUCAGCCUGAAGCACCCGCGGAGAGGCCAUAUCAGCAUUCAAGAAGACCAAGGAUUCAGCCUUGGACGAUACCACAAGCGCCAACCCAUCGCUCGCGAAUGGAAUUCGAGACGCAAACGGCUUACUGCAAUCAUUGCGUGCUUGAAUACCAUGUUUAUUGGUCUCAUCGCAGGUAUCUAUGCCGGCGAAGUACCACGAAUACAGUAUCAGCUUGGUGAUCAGUCUCACUGGGUUAUAUUCGGUAAMAUGCUGUUCUUCGCUGGCUUGGGGUUGUCAACUCUGAUCUUCUGGCCACUGCCAUUGCUUCACGGCCGAAAGCCCUACGUCUUGUUGGCGUUCGGUAUCGUCCUUCCGCUACAGAUUCCGCAGGCUGUCACCGUCGCAGAUUCCCAUGGUCCUGGUCGUUUGUACACGAUAGGGUUACUACUGCCUCGUGCUUUGACGGGGUUGGCACUAGGUUUUGCCAAUAUAAACUUCUUGCCAACACUUUGGGACCUUUACGGAGCCUCAUUGAUGUCUGAGCGACCACAUCAAGAAAUUGUCACAUAUGACGAUGUUCGCCGACAAGGCGGCGGUAUCGGUGUCUGGCUUGGCAUCUGGACGUUUUGCUUCAGCAGCUCGUUAUCAGUCGGGUUCUGCGUCGGUGCCUGCAUCAUAUCGAGGUUGGAGCCCAGCUGGGGAUUCUACAUUAUCAUCAUGCUUCUCGCUAUCUUCCUCCUCAUCAAUGUCAUCACACCGGAAACCCGAAGAGCUCCUUAUCGACGAUCAGUCUCGCACUUCUUUGACGAGGAGAAUCCCGAGAAGAUCAAGAGGAGAGUUGCUCGAGGCGAGGUCAAGCUUCACAUAUAUAAUGAGGGGCCGAAAUGGUGGUACGAGGAAGUUUGGGCUGGUCUUGUUCUCGUAAAGCGGAUGAUAUUCCAAUCCGGUUUCUUCGUGAUGAUGUCGUACCUGGGCUGGAUACAAGCUCAGCUGACGUUGGUCAUUCUGCUCUUGGGUGCCCUGCUCUCUCGUGAGUAUGCAUGGCAAUCACAGUGGGUGGGUCUGGCAGCUCUCGCGGUCCCUACAGGAGCUAUAUUGGCAAUGCCUUUGACGAAAGCAUCGUGGUUCAGUCGAGAACGGACGAGUCCACCUCGGACUGACAGCAUGACCUUCCAACCACACUUUAGCUGGAGCACGCAUCUAAUCAGACGACUGAUAUUCGCCCUGGUACUCCCAUUUGCAGGAUUGGCGUACUGCCUGGUUGCAACUGGGCCUCCGAUGCAUUGGAUCGCUGCCAUUAUCUUUGCAGGACUGGUCGGCUUUCUCACUGAUCUAGGAAUCGCCGAGUGCGUCGGCAUCAUCAUGGAGACUUUCGACACUUGUGAUCUUCAGCCUGGUGUGAACACUAAGCAUCGACUGCAAUCCUUGUCUGAUAAUGCCAAACGCCAGCGGACAAACUAUUCGGCGUUUCCACGCGUAUGCGCUGGGUUUUUUGCGGCACAGUCCCUUGGAUUCUUUCUAGCAGCAGCAGCUACUGUCGCCGCUGGUAAGGUAACCAACACUUACGGAACUCAAACUUCCAUCUGGAUCGUGGCAGCCAUCCUCCUGGCCGUGACCCUACUACUGAUGGCAGUCAUGUGGCGAUGGAAGAAGGUGCAGGUCAUUCCCGAUUACAGUGGUAGCAGGAAAGACAGUAAAUCUCCAGAUCCAAACUCCAACGAUCCGGAAUGGAGGCCGGUCGUCAUUGGAAAUCCCUCGGGCAAGGUGAGACGGAUGAACAUUCUGGAGACGGGGAACUGGACACGCUGGACGGAGAUUCGCAAGCUGAACAAGCUGAUAAAAGCAUGA